UUUUUAAUUAAAAUUAUUGAUGCAGCCUAAAAUCAUGAAAAAUCAACCAAAUCAGCUAAAUCGUUUCUUAAAUAAUUAAUAGUAUAGAUAGUACGUAGUAAUAUUAGUAAAUUUUUGUUCUAUUUUCAUAAUUUUCCCUAAUAUAAAUCAUUGUUAUAAAUACAUUACAGUCUAUAUCACUGGACUUUUUAAUUAGAUUAGAAAAUUAUAUCCUGAAAAUAACAAACUGUUAUAGAUAUUAAUUUUCCAAUAUACUCGAGAAGAAAAAAAUGGAAAACACGUAUUUAUGUAAAAAAAAAAAAAAAUCCUACAAAGCUACUUAUUUGUUGAUUUCUUUUCUCAGUUUACUUAUUUGUUUCCUCCUUUAUAAUAAUUUGCUUUUUAUUUCAGCAAUUUUAAGAUUAAGGGUAUUAUAGAAAUUUAAGUUGGAAAGGCUAUAUAUACAAAAUGUUCACAAAACCUAAAUUAGAUUUGAUCUUCGACUACCUAAUAGUUUUCCGAAUAUUUACAUGGCUUCUUCAAAGUUGUCAAAGCGUUCACCUGUGCUACCUUUUGAGUUAGUAGAAGAGAUACUUUACAGGAUUCCACACGGAUCUUUGGUACGAUUUAAAUCCAUAUGCAAACAAUGGUAUUCUCUUCUUAACGACAAGAGAUUCAUCUACAAACACUUGGAUCUCUCCCGGGAACAAUUCAUACAACUGGCGCAUCACAAUGAAUCAGUUAACCUCUUCAAUCUUGAGACCCAAGCUCGCUCACGUUUUCAAGGUACACCUGAAAUUCGUCGAAUGAUCCACUGCGACGGUUUAUUGCUAUGUCAAUGUAUUGAAGGAGAUACUAGUAAGCUUGUAAUUUGGAAUCCGGUUUUGAGGAGAUUCUAUUGGAUUGAACCCUCGAGACAAUUCGAAAGGUAUAGUAUCGUCUAUGGUUUUGGAUACAACAGUGUAUCUCGUGAAAACUACAAGAUCAUGAGGUUUAAUGUUAUGAAAAAUUCAGGUCUCGAGAUAUAUGAGUGCAAGUCUAAACUCUGGAGAAGUGUUGAUGCUGCUCUCGAUUCGUGUGUAAAGCUUUGGUUUCCUCAUUAUCAAUCUUUGUCGAUGAAUGGAAACAUGUACUGGAUUGCUCAUAGGAAGAAGGGUAAUUUGGAAACCGAAAUCUUCGUCCAAAGUCUUGAUUUCACUGCAGAGACAUUCAAAGACAUAGGCUGUGGUGUUCCCUUUGAAACUGAAUGUACCUCUCUGUGUUGUGCUAGUACAUUAGUCCUCUCAAGUUUUGGAGGAGAUAGGCUUUCUUUACUACAUCAGCAUAAACGUGUGAACAUUGAAUUGUGGACUACAAACAAGGUGACUGAUGAGGUUGUUUGUUGGAGUAAGUAUUUAAACGUUACUGGCCCUGACCUCCCGAUAUUACAUUCUGCGCCAUAUUACAAUUUCCCUACAUACUUCAUCGACCACAAGACCAGUACUAUCAUUGCAUGGUGCGGGGAAUUCAAUGCCACGAAGAACUAUAUUGACGUCGUCAUUUACGAAAUAAGUGAUGGUAAGAUUAAAAAACAAGUUGCGGAGGUAGCAGGGCAUAGUUUGGGUUAUGGUUGUCAUAACCUUUGCUAUGUAUAUGUUCCAAGUCUGGUUCGUCUUCCAGAAUAAUAAGAGUAGUUCAUGAUGCAGCGCACAUUUAUAGUUUUCAGGGCUUUUGUGUUUUACUUUUUGUUUCCUGUGCUAAAACCCCAUCUCCAACGAUCAGAUUUCAGCAUCUAUUUGGAUUUUUUAGACAAAAGUAUUUGUAUAAAUCUCGAUGGAGCUGGUAACGUUUUUAAAGAUCUGGCUUACCUCUUUAGACUUCGAACGAAAACAAUAUGGAGCGGUGAGUGUUUUCGCUCGGCAUCAAAAUAGUGCCUUCUUGUUGUGUUGUGUGUUUAUGUUUGGUACAUGUAUGUAGAGCUGUAAACUGGGCGAGCCCAUGUCCAUUAGCCUAUAUCCAUUUGCCCACUAAUUGUUUGCAGACAGAAAGUGACCAUGUCCAUUAAGAACCAUGUCCAUUAAGGACCAUACCCACUAACACCCAUAUUUUCAUGGGCUGCCAUGGGGUCCAUAAUGACCAUAUAAGAAAUUUUAAAUUUUAAUUUAUAGGCCUACAAUUAUAUAUACAAGUUCAUAAAAUUAAAAUUCAUCCAUAAAUUCAAAAGUACAACAAUGCAUAAGUUCAUAAGUACAACAAUUCCGGUCUUGGCGGGAAAAAUCGAUUUUGCGGUUUUGGCGGAAAAACUUAAUUUUGCAGUUUUGACGGGAAAACUCGAUUUUGCAAUUUUGGCGGAAAAACUCAUUUUUGCGGUUUUGGCGGAAAACUAGAUUUUCUGAUUUUGGCAGAGAAACUCGAUUUUUCGGUUUUGCCAUGGGGUCCAUAAUGACCAUAUAAGAAAAUUUUAAUUUAUAAGCCUACAAUUACAUAUACAAGUUCAUAAAAUUAAAAUUCAUCCAUAAAUUCAUAAGUACAAUAAUACAUAAGUUCAUAAGUACAACAAUUUCGGUUUUGGCGAGAAAAGUCGAUUUUGCGGUUUUGGCAGGAAAAGUCGAUUUUCCGUUUUUGGCAGGAAAAUUCGAUUUUACGUUUUGAAGAAAAACUCAAUUUUGCGGUUUUGACGGAAAAACUCGAUUUUCUGGUUCUGGCGGGAAAAUUUGAUAUCAAAAUUGAAGCGAAAAAAUCGAUUUUACGAUUUUAACGGAAAAACUUAAAUUUUAGAAAACCUAG